GCCCGCUCCGUCAAGAUCACCAAGCGCUUCACCAAGCUGCUCAUCGCGCCCGAGAGCGCCGCCCUGGAGUCCGAGGGCCCGGGGCCCGAGGAGGAGCCGCCGCCAGAGCGCGCUCGGCGCUCGGACACCCACACCUUCAACCGCCUGUUCGGCCGCGACGAGGAGGGCCAGCGGCCGCUGACCGUGGUGCUGCAGGGUCCGGCGGGCAUCGGCAAGACCAUGGCGGCCAAGAAGAUCCUGUACGACUGGGCGGCGGGCAAGCUGUACCACGGCCAGGUGGACUUCGCCUUCUUCCUGCCUUGCCGAGAGCUGCUCGAGCGACCCGGCGCCUGCAGCCUGGCCGACCUGAUCCUGGACCAGUGCCCGGACCGCGGCGCGCCCGUGCGGCAGAUGCUGGCACAGUCCGAACGGCUGCUCUUCAUCCUGGAUGGCGUGGACGACCUGCCGGCGCCGGAGGCCGCGCCCUGCACCGACCCCUUCGAGGCCACCGCCGGCGCGCGAGUGCUGGGCGGCCUGCUGAGCAAGGUGCUGCUGCCCGGGGCGCGCCUGCUGGUGACCACGCGCACUGCCGCACCCGGCAGGCUGCAGGACCGCCUGUGCUCCCCGCAGUGCGCCGAGGUGCGCGGCUUCUCAGACAAGGACAAGAAGAAGUACUUCUUCAAGUUCUUCCAGGACGAGUGGCAGGCGGAGCGUGCCUACCGCUUCGUGAAGGAGAAUGAGACGCUGUUCGCGCUGUGCUUCGUGCCCUUCGUGUGCUGGAUCGUGUGCACCGUCCUGCGCCAACAGCUGGAGCUUGGCCAGGACCUGUCACGCACCUCCAAGACCACCACCUCGGUGUACCUGCUCUUCAUCGCCAGUGUCCUGAGCUCGGCGCCCGCGGCGGAUGGGCCCCGGCUGCGGGGCGAGCUGCGCAAGCUGUGCCGCCUGGCGCGCGAAGGCGUCCUCCGGCGCAGGGCGCAGUUCGCCGAGGCGGAUCUGGAGCAACUGGAGCUCCGUGGCUCCAAAGUCCAGAUGCUGUUUCUCAGCAAGAAGGAGCUUGCCGGCGUUCUGGAGACCGAGGUCACCUACCAGUUUAUCGACCAGAGCUUCCAGGAGUUCUUCGCGGCGCUGUCAUACAUGCUGGAGGGCGAGGGGCCUCCCGGAGCACCGGCUGGCGGCGUGGGCGAGCUUCUGAGGGGGGACGCCGAACUGCGCUGCCACCUCGCGCUCACUACGCGCUUCCUCUUCGGACUGCUGAGCGCCGAGCGGAUGCGCGACAUCGAGCGCCACUUCGGCUGCGUGGUUUCAGAGCACGUGAAGCAGGACGUUCUGAGGUGGGUGCAGGACCAGGGCUGGGGACGCGCCAGGGCGGAGCCGGAGGGCAUGCAGGAGGCCGAGGCGCUGGAGGGCGCUGAGGAGCCGGAGGACGAGGAGAGCGAGUUCAACUCGCCGCUGGAGCUGCUGUACUGUCUGUACGAGACGCAGGACGACGCCUUCGUGCGUCAGGCCCUGCGGGGCCUGCCCGAGCUGGCGCUGCAGCGCGUGCGUUUCAGCCGCAUGGACCUGACCGUGCUGAGCUACUGCGUGCGGUGCUGCCCAGCGGGACAAGCACUGCGGCUGGACAGCUGCCGGCUGACCCCCGUGCAGGACAAGAAGAAGAAGAGCAGCCUGAUGAAGCGACUGCAGAGCAGCCUGGGCAGCAGCUCUUCUCAAGCCACCGCGAGAAAACCUCAAGCCUCCCCUCUGCGUCCACUCUGCGAAGCCAUGGCCGACCAGCAGUGUGGUCUGAACAGCCUGACGUUGAGCCACUGCAAACUGCUGGACGCAGCCUGCGGUGACCUCUCUGAGGCCCUGAGGGUGGCCCCUGCCCUGACGGAGCUGAGCCUGCUGCACAGCGGACUCAGCGACAGCGGCCUGCGUGUGCUGUGCGCGGGCCUGGCCUGGCCCCGGUGCCGGGUGCAGACACUCAGGGUGCAGCAGCCCGGCCUCCAGGAAGCCCUUCAGUACCUGGUCAGCACGCUCCGGCGGGGCCCUGCACUCAGCACCCUGGACCUCAGCGGCUGCCAGCUGUCAGGCCCCACGGUGACCUCCCUGUGUGCCGUCCUGCAGCACCCAGGGUGCCGCCUGCAGACCCUCAGCCUGACGUCCGUGGAGCUGAGCGAGCAGUCCCUGGAGGAGCUGCGGGCAGUGAGGACAGCAAAGCCAGGUCUGGUCAUCACACACACAGGACUGGACAGCCACCCUGAGCUUCCCACGAGCUUCAGCAGUGCCCUCUGA